AUGUAUAUGAUAGAUGAAGGAGUAGCAAGUGUGUGCGAGAUGGUUAUGAAUGGAGCUGGGGCAUUCGAGCAGCAGAUGGACAAGGAUGAUGCAGCUAAUAAGUUUUCACAUUAUUUGUUUCACGCAGAAAAGGUAACGUUAAGUGCUGGGAUAAUGCUUGGAAGGGAGAUGAUAAUGAGUGACCGGCGUAUUGAGAAUGAAGAGGCGAUGCUCGAUGAGUUUUUUGCGUCUGCAUUAUUAUACUCGCUGCCACAGAUGUAUCACAACCUUGAUCACCUAGCCAAUACACUGUGCUUUGGAGGGUUUGUGCUGAGGGAGAUUGAGAAGCGAGAUGGAACAUGCAUAUGGCAAAGGGUUUGCUUUAUGAUAUCUUUGUGUCUACAUGAUAUUGGGCAUCCUGGAGAGCCGAGCAGGAAAGAGCUUGGAACGGUUUGCGAUAUGUAUGGAUGCAAGAAAGAGGCGAUGUCUUUUGAGGAGAUCCAUGCGUCAAUUAGUCAUAAGGUGGUUGAUCAGUACAGGGAAGAGCUGUUUGGAGGGAUGGAGGGAGCAGAUGCUGAUGAGUGCAUUGGGCUUAUACGAAGGCUGAUAUUUGCAACUGACCUGAGAAUGAAUAAGGAAGUGAUAGAUGAGUUUGACUUGAAGUAUAUUGUCGAUGGCGAAGAGGGAAGGGCCAGGAAUGCGAAGAGCAGAGAGGUGGGAGAGAUAGAGCUUAAGAUGAUGAUGAAGCUGGCAGACCUGAGUGCAUGCUACAAGGAGUAUGAAAUUUUUAACAAGAAUUCGGAGUUAUUUUGGUCUGAGGUGUGGGAUGUGGAGGGAUAUGCAAGAGGAUUGAGAGAGAUACACGAGGACAUAAGGCUGCUGGAGAGGAUAUCGAUCCCUCUGAUUGAUUCGUUUUCGAUGGUGUUUGAAGAGUUUAGGAUGCUGUACUACCGAGCAAGGCAGAACCUGGAGCGGCAUAUGAAAUACUAUGAUGAGCUGAAGAGGGAGCGGAAAUGUUACAGUGAUGCUGGCGAAUAUUAA